ACACAUUUCAGUCGGUGUUGAUGCAACAUAAGAAUAGAUGAGCCGAUAACCCAGCAACAAAAAUUCCGUUGUUCCGUUAACCCUUUUAAUUUUUAUAAAUAGGUAUUGCAUUCAUCUACAAGAAAUGCAAAUUGCAAAACCAAGUUUUUAUCAAUCUUUUACAAUUCGUGCACAAAUAAUAAAUAUGACAAAAUCCCUAUUAUUGUUUUAGGAUGUGCAUAUUCCAGAUGGUAGCCCUAGCCCUUGUACUUCAUCAAGUACAAUAAGUGUUGCUAAUAGUGCUGAGGGGUCAGCAAGUUCUAAUUUCAGCAACAUUUCGGAAGAAUUUGUAAUAGUGCCCACGGAAAACAGAUCAAUUUCAUUUUAUGGAGCGGAAAACAUAUGGACGCAAGAUUAUGAGAAGCAGUUUCCAGAGUUCGACCUUAAAACACUUUUACAUGUAGUACCACAUGGUGGGAAAAUUCUCAGUUUUUAUUCCGAAAAUAAGCGAUUGACAGAGUCGUUGAGGAACAAAUUGGUCGACUUAAUUAUAACUCACGUCUAUUCAUAUAUUUUAAAACACCGGUUGACACAUGCCCAAUAUAACAUCUUAUGCUCUAAAAUUAUCGGCCUUUUCCCCAACGAGAGCCCGCAAACCUAUUAUUAUUCAGGGAAACGAAUAAAUAAUUUGGCAGUUCCAGCAAAAGGCAAGUUGGUUAACAAAGCCCAUAAUAUUUUACAUCAAAGUCCUGACAAGGUGUAUGUCAGAAAAAGGAAAAUUCCCCACAACGAAUUUGAAGUUUUAAAAAAGAGGACCAUUAACAAAGAAGAAAGUGAUGCCGUCACAUGGCUCAAACACCAUAGGGAACCGUGGGAUGAAGUCCUUCAGUACUGGAAGUCGACAUUUAAAUUAAGACAGGAGGCGGAACACGUCAAAGUGUCUGACUUAUUGGUUUCUUGGCCUAUCUUAUCCGACCCUAGAGGCACUUCUUUGAUUGAUUCUGACUUUUCAACUUUGUAUCCACACAUUGAGCUGUCAAUUUUACAGAAUUGGGACUUAUUUUUUGAAAAAAUUUUAGCUCUAAGAAAAAAGGAAAUUGAUGAGACUAGAGACCCGCUUCUACAGGAUAUAAUUGAAAGACUCAAAUCAAAAGAAACUCUUACAGCGGACUCCAUAGUAGCAUUACAAAUUGUUUCGCUUCCACACAUAUUUCCACCAAAGGGGCGUUCUAGAUCGGGUAAAGAGCACUGGAAGUACACUACUAACGAAUCUGUGGAAGGCAUCAUCGUUCAUGCUACCACACCUGGCGAUAUAGAGAGAAAAGUGCAAACUCAACUGGAGAAAGCAGCUAGCCGAAAAAUACAUAAGGAAGUACAACCAUAUUUAAUAGUAGAGGGUCCACAGCUCAGCGACAUAAGAAAUACGUACGUUGUUAUUGAUAAGAUCCAUUUUCAUGCCGAAAGCACUCUCAAAGGGUUUGAUAUUUUAUUUAAAAGUUUUUUCGCCUUAAAUAUUAAAUAUCCAGUCCAAAGCGAACAUAUAUGGUAUGCUAUUCAGAGCAUUUUUUUCAAUAUUCCUGUUCCGGAUAAUAAAAUUACAGGAAACAUUACAGACCUUAUAAAAAUUCAUUUAAAUGAUUAAAACGCUUUGGAUAAGUUCUUAAAAUGUAGUAAUAUUACUAGAAGUGUAAGAAUUGUACCUACCUAUAGUGACAUAUAAUGAGUGUAUGAGAGAAUAACUUCUUUAAUGAAAUAGUUAUCUGUCAUCGUAUGCAUAGGCAAGCCCCUUAAAAGUUUUUUUUAAAUUGUACAUAUAAACGAAUAUUAUGUGAGUGGGUAUAUUUGCACAUCAACAUAGAGCUCCGUUAUUAAUUUUGCACUAUGAUUUGUUCAAUUUGUAGUAAAGAUUUCAGCAACAGCGAUCUAAACAAAUUCAUAAUCCAUUUAGAAUAUGCUCAUUCCAUGAGAUAUAAUUAUGACUGUCCAAUUUGUAGAAGAUCUUUCAGCAGGCGCGAUAAUUUUAAAAAUCACCUUAGAACACAACAUAAUAAUUCAACUACAACUGACACUUUCUUAAAAAAUGAUUCAAAUAUUCCAACACAGGACGAAAUGCAGAUUUCGAGUGAGUCCAAUAAUGAAAUAAGCGAAGAACCUAUUUUUGUUUUUGAUGCAGAUGCAAAGGCUAAAGAGUUUGAAAAUAUUGUAAAGGAAAGUGUUUUACAUCUUAUUGCCACCCUGCAUAAUGAGAUAUCUAUACCUCGUUCAUUUAUACAAAAAAUUAUAGAUCUAAUCAGCAAAUUCUUAAAUGCCGGAUUCUUAAGUAUUUUAAAAGAGUUCAUGCUCCCUUCAGACUGUCUCACAAACAUACAAAAAGCUAAAGACUUGAUUGAUUUUCUAGCAGUCUGCUUUGAGCCGUUAGAUACUGAAUACAAAAGACUACAGUUCUUUUAUCGCAGUAAAAAGUAUAUAGAACCUCAAUUAAAAAUAAUUGGUUCCUCUUGGGACGUAUCUAAUAAAAAUAAUAAAACAUCUAUGAUACUUAAAAACAGAACGUGCACUUUUAUUCCAGUAUCAGAAACCUUAAAUAAGUUUUUGGCCCUGCCGGGAACUUUAAAGUACAUUUCUGAAUAUAUGACACAAUCAUAUGCCUCAAAAAACUCUGAUAAUAGUAUUUAUAAUAACUUGUUGAACGGUAGUUUGUGGGAAGAGGUAUUACAAAAUAGUCAAGGGAAAGCAUUUAUUCCAUUAAUAUUGUAUUUUGAUGAUUUUGAAACUUCAAAUCCCCUUGGCAGUCAUGCUGGUGUGUACAAGGUUGGUGUAGUCUACUUUAGUAUAGCUGCACUACCACCGCAGUACAUAAGUAGAUUAGAAAAUAUUUUUCCUUGUUUAAUAUUCCACAGUUCUGAGAGAACAGAAUUCGGCAAUGAAGCUAUUUUUAAUUGUCUAUUAGAAGACCUUAAAAGUUUAGAAUCUAACGGUAUUAUAGUAAACAACUUGAGACUGUAUUUCAAUGUUAUUUUAUUGGUGGGUGAUAAUUUAGGUGUAAAUUCUGUGUUAGGAUUUGUUGAGAGUUUUUCUGCUAACUAUUUCUGUAGGUUCUGCAUAACGUCAAAAACUGUCACACAAUAUCAACCAGAACUGGAUCUCUCAAAUAAUCGCUUAAGAUUUAUGUAUGACCAACAUGUUAAAAAUAAAGAGUAUGGUGUAAAAGAAUAUUGUAUUUGGAACGGGCUAAAUUACUUUCAUGUUUAUAAUAAUCAGUCCUUAGAUAUUAUGCACGAUUUGUAUGAGGGUAUACAUAGGUAUGAUAUGGCUCAAAUAUUAAAGGUUUUAUUACAGUCAGAAGUAUUUACUCUCGAAACGUUAAAUUCGAGGGUUAAAUAUUUUAAAUAUGAAUUUUGUGAAAAAAAUCACCCUCCUGUUAUUAAGAAGGAGCACAUUGAGAAAGGUAUGUUAAUUUUAUCUUCUUCAGAAAUGGAGACUUUUGUCAAAAAUUUUAGGUAUUUCGUUGGCGAUCUUGUGCCAAUUAAUAAUAACGCGUGGUUGGUUUAUUUGCAAUUAUUAAAAAUAACCGAAAUUUUGUCUCAGACUAAAAUAUCUUCUUCUUGUAUAACAUUAUUGGACACUCUAAUACCUAAAUAUUUAAGUGAACUAAAAAAAGUGUUUCCCCAUAUCACAUUAAAACCCAAACAUCAUUUGUUACUUCAUUAUACAAUGGUUUUAAGGAAAAUUGGGCCAGUUUCUAAAAUUUCUUGUGAACGUUUUGAGGCAAAACACAGGGAGCUGAAAAAAAUUGCAAACAACGUGAGCACUCGAAAAAAUAUUCCUUUAACGCUCGCUAAAAAAUGUCAAAUGCAAUUUGUAGCAAGGUGCCUGUCUAUGCAAAGGGCUUUAGAUGAUCGAAUAUCUAUGAGUAGACCAAACUUUGAUACGUUAAAUGUUGAAACUUACACAUUUUCAAAUGACGUAAAUUUAAAUUUUUAUAAAAAUAACUUUUACCAAGUGAAUUGGUAUGAAAAAAACGGAAUUCGCUUUGUUAUAGAUGACGUUGUUUUGUGCAGUAUUAAUAUCCAAAUAUAUUGUAUCAUCAAACAUAUUUUAGUACAGCAUAACGAUUCAAGUAUCUGCUACUUCGUUUGUGAAAAAUUAAACACAGAAAAUGAAAUACCUCAUUAUAGGUCAUUUAUGGUAGCAUUUACCAAUACACAUGUUUUUGUAAAAUCGGAUAAUGUAAAUUGUCGUCCGACAAUAAUUCACUAUCUACAAGAAUUAAAGUUAGUUAAGGAAAUAACUGUUCUUUGAAAAUGUUCUGUGAAUUUCUGGUUAAAGAAAGCAAACUCAAUGGGCUAUUUAGUUUAAAUUGGAGACUUAUUACCUAUUUGUUCCUAAACUUAGACUUACUUUUUUAUUUUUAAUAUUUGGUAGAUAGUAGUACAAUAAUGUAAGGAUUCAUAUAUAGAUAUACAGAACAUUCAGUCCUGUGAUGUAUCACUGUAACGAUUCUGAUACAUCACAGGGCUGAUUGCUUUGUUUUUGUAGUAUGAUCUGAUACUAGAGCUGUGUUGUUUCUUU